AUGUGGAUUUUCCUGCUUUGGAUCCUUUUCCCAGGUGGCUGGGCAGUGACAGGUCCUACGCAGGUGAUGGUGAACCAGGGCAGCUCACUGGCAGUGUCCUGCAGCUAUGAGCCAGGCUAUGAGCUCUACUCCAAGUUCUGGUGCCAGAGGGGCUUCCUCGGUCUUUGCACCUGCGUCAUCCAAACCAAUGGCUCGGAGGUGACAGUGACACAGGACAGGGUGUCCAUCAAGGAUAACCAUGCAUCACACUCGUUCACGGUGACUCUGGACCAUGUCACGCUGGAGGAUGCAGGCUGGUACUCCUGCGGGGUGGAAAGGAAGAUCUUCAGCCUGAAGCACAGCAUCAAGGUGAUGGUCUCCAAAGGUAAAGCCAGCCUAGGAGCUAAGCAGGGGGGUGUGAUGGAGCCCAUCACUUGGGAGAGGGGAUCCCAGCGGGGGGUCAUGGGGGUUGUCAAAGUGGGAGCAAGCACCUUGCAGGCACUGAGGUGCGCUGGAGGCUGCCCCAGUGCAGGUUUGGAUGAGGGAUGGAGGAGGCUGCACAGAGCAGAGCCUCUCCCUUGCUCCCUUCAGCAUCUCUGCUUCCAUGAGCCCCUUGGGCUUUCCAGUCCCUCCCAUGCCCAGUGCAUUGCCUGGAGACCCCCAUCUCCACCUCCUGCAGCUCUAUGGCUGCAGUCUCAGGGCAGAGGCCCUGGGGUGCAGGGGGGGUGUCUGCUUUGCUCUCUCUUUUGUUUCACAUCUGUUUCAUCCACAGCCAAAGGCAGUGAUGUGAGCCCGCUGGUCACCACGGCCUUUGGGGACCCUCCAGUGCUGUCCCAGCUCAGCAUCACCUACCUGCUGCUCAUCCCCUGCAUAAAGGUGCCCAUGGUGCUGCUCCUGGUGUGUGUGGCUGUCUGGGGAAGGAGCCAAUGCAGGAGCCGUGGCCAGGAAAUCCUGCAGCUCUGAAGCAGCUGGUACCAGGGCACCAGGAUGCCCAAAACCACC